AUGUCCUGCCAGCAGAGCCAGCAGCACUGCCAGCCCCCUCCCAAGUGUGCCCCCAAGUGCCCUCCCAAGUGCCAGACACCAAAGUGUCCCCCUAAGUGUCCUCCUGUCUCUUCCUGCUGUAGUCUGGGUUCUGGGGGCUGCUGUGGCUCCAGCUCCGGGGGCUGCUGUGGUUCAAGCUCCGGGGGCUGCUGCAGCUCUGGCAGUGGUGGCUGCUGCCUGAGCCACCACAGGCCCCGCAGAUCUCUCCGUCGCAGACACCAGAGCUCUGGAUGCUGUAGCAGUGGUGGCAGCAGUGGCUGCUGUGGUAGCAGCGGGGGCGGCAGUGGCUGCUGUGGCAGCAGCGGUGGCGGCAGCUGUGGCAGUAGCCAGCAGUCUGGUGGCUGUUGCUAA